AGAAGCUGUGGUGCCAGCCCUGACCCCAGCCCUCCAACCCCAGACUCAUCUGUCCAUGCAGCACCCACAGACUCGUACUGGUGUCGGAUGCGAGAGCCUGUGCUUAAGUAAGAAAGCAGGCCUUACUGGAGACAAUUCAAGCAAACCUUGGACAACUAUUUUUCCAGAACAGAAAGGAAACUCAUGCAUCAGAAAAUGUGACUAAUAAGCAUACCAAAAGAAUAUGGCUUCACAAAUACCAGAAUCUGAUCAGAUAAAACAGUUUAAGGAAUUUCUCAGAACCUACAAUAAACUUACAGAAACCUGCUUUUUGGACUGUGUUAAAGACUUCACAACAAGAGAAGUGAAACCUGAAGAGACCAUCUGUUCAGAACAUUGCUUACAGAAAUAUUUAAAAAUGACACAAAGGAUAUCUAUGAGAUUCCAGGAAUAUCAUAUUCAGCAGAAUGAAGCCCUAGCAGCCAAAGCAGGACUCCUUGGCCAACCACGAUAAAGAAGUCCCAACGGAUGGACUCCUGAUCAAAGAUUGCCAGCAGUGUUGCCUGGAAAGUGAGGAUUCAUCUGAUAGAAUCCCCUGAAAGCAUGAGCUGCCAUGUUAAACCAUCUGUCAUGACUGUUUGGCAAAUGGAAACCACUGAAGAAACAAAAUUGCUAUUCACUAGGAAUAAUCAAAAUAGGAGGUCUUAUUGUUCAAUGAAAAUAAUAAGAUGAAACAUUUGUUAAGGUCUUAAGAUUCAGAAGCUCGGUCUCUUGAUUAGAAAAAUAAACCAUUAUUUCGUCAAUUGUGAAUGUUACUUUUAAAGCAAAAUAUGUGUUCUAUCAUGUAUGAGACAGAGAAAAAGUUUUAUUACUAAAAGUAAAAUAAAUGGAAGUAUCACUGAGCAGUUGUUUAUACUAUAUAGUACCAUAGUAUUCUGACUGGACUGAGGAUACGUUGAAAUGUUUUUCAAUCAGGAUCAUCCUCCAAAUAUUCCUGUUCAUUCAUGUCUGCCUCAAAUUGCUGGUAAAUACAUAAAGUAGUUACUUGCUAAUCA